AUGGAUCCCCAGAUCUCAGCCAGAUUAAACUCCAGGAAGAGGAGGAAAGAAGGAGCGGGUCCCAACGGGGCUGCCCAGACGGAUGGCAUCCCCUUGAAAGUGCCCCGCAACUCUAUAGGAUUGCGAGAGCCGGCCCCAUUUUCCGAUGAGCUGGAAGUGGACUACAGCAAGCCUUACACACGAGUCACGUUUGAAGAGGCAAUGAGAGGAACACCCUUGGACCGUCCCGUCAGGGUCUAUGCUGAUGGAAUUUUUGACCUUUUCCACUCCGGACACGCUCGGGCUCUGAUGCAGGCCAAAAGCCUGUUCCCCAAUACCUACCUCAUCGUUGGAGUCUGCAGCGACGAGCUGACGCACAACUUGAAGGGCUUCACGGUGAUGAACGACGCCGAGCGCUACGACGCCGUCCAGCACUGCCGCUACGUGGACGAGGUGGUGAGGAACGCGCCCUGGACGCUCAGCCCGGAGUUCCUGGCGGAGCACAGGAUCGACUUUGUCGCCCACGAUGACAUCCCCUACUCUUCGGCCGGCAGCGACGACGUCUACAAACACAUAAAAGAAGCAGGAAUGUUUGCCCCGACGCAGAGGACCGAAGGCAUCUCCACCUCGGACAUCAUCACCCGCAUCGUCCGGGACUACGACGUCUAUGCCCGGCGGAAUCUGCAGAGGGGCUACACGGCCAAGGAACUCAACGUCAGCUUCAUCAACGUGAGUUUAGCACGCAUUCAGACGGUCGUCUCGCCUC